GUGGCCUCGGCCCGCGCACCCCUCUCCCCAUUGUGUCGCCAUGGCGGCGGCGGAGGCUGCGGAGGCAGCGGAGGAGGAGGCCCCGGCCUGAGGAGGAGUAGGAGCGCGGCCUGUUGCCUCCGGGCCCUUUGCCCGCCCGGAGUGACAGGGGGACGGCAGCGGUGGUGGCGACACGACUGGCCAUGGUGGCCAGAAGCACAGAUAACCUGGAUGGUCCGGGGGAGGGGCCGGUGCAGCCCCUACCCCCUUCGGGGGGCUCCAACGUGAAAGGGAAACCUGGCAAGAGGGUCUCUGCCCCUCGGGGCCCUUUUCCCCGGCUGGCUGACUGUGCCCAUUUCCACUAUGAGAACGUCGAUUUUGGCCACAUUCAGCUGCUGUUGUCUCCAGAUCGCGAAGGCUCCAAUCUCCCUAGUGAUAAUGAGCUGGUGUUUGGGGUCCAGGUGACCUGUCAGGGCCGGUCCUGGCCUGUUCUGCGAAGCUAUGAAGAUUUCCGCUCCCUGGAUAGCCACCUGCACCGCUGCAUCUUUGACCGGCGCUUCUCUCGCCUCCCAGAGCUGCCCCCGGCUCCAGAGGGCUCCCGGAGCCAGCUCCUGGUGCCCCUGCUCCUCGAGUAUCUCGAGACCCUCUCUGGGCUGGUGGACAGCAACCUCAACUGUGGCCCUGUGCUCACCUGGAUGGAGCUGGAUAACCAUGGCCGGCGGCUGCUGCUCAGCGAGGAGGCCUCCCUGAACGUCCCCGCGGUGGCUGCGGCGCACGUGGUCAAACGGUACACGGCCCAGGCCCCGGAUGAACUGUCCUUUGAGGUUGGUGACAUCGUCUCUGUGAUUGACAUGCCGCCCACUGAGGACCGAAGCUGGUGGCGUGGGAAACAUGGAUUCCAGGUCGGUUUCUUCCCCAGUGAGUGUGUGGAACUGUUCACUGAACGACCGGGCCUGGGGGUCAAAGCUGAUCCCGACGGCCCCACAUCCGGCAUCCCGGCUCCCCUAAGGGAGGGCCCUCCCUCUCUAACAGCAGUGCCCCGGCCCCGAGGAAAGCUCGCGGGCCUCCUGCGUUCUUUCAUUCGCUCCCGCCCGUCCCGGCAGCGGCUAAGGCAGCGGGGCAUCCUUCGGCAGCGCGUCUUCGGCUGCGACCUUGGAGAGCAUCUCAGCAACUCCGGCCAAGACGUUCCCCAAGUCCUGCGCUGCUGCUCAGAGUUCAUCGAGGCCCACGGGGUUGUGGACGGGAUCUACCGCCUCUCGGGCGUUUCUUCCAACAUCCAGAAACUGAGGCACGAGUUUGACAGCGAGCGGAUCCCCGAGCUGCGCGGACCGGCCUUCCUCCAGGACAUCCACAGCGUCUCUUCCCUCUGCAAGCUCUACUUCCGAGAGCUGCCCAACCCCCUGCUCACCUACCAGCUCUACGGGAAAUUCAGCGAGGCCAUGUCCGUGCCCGGGGAGGAGGAGCGGCUGGUCCGGGUUCACGAUGUCAUCCAGCAGCUGCCCCCGCCUCAUUACCGGACCCUGGAGUACCUGCUGCGCCACCUCUCCCGCAUGGCUCAGCACAGCGCCAACACCAGCAUGCACGCCCGCAACCUGGCCAUCGUGUGGGCCCCCAACCUGCUCCGGUCGAUGGAGCUGGAGUCGGUGGGCCUGGGCGGCGCCGCGGCCUUCCGCGAGGUCCGGGUCCAGUCCGUGGUCGUGGAGUUCCUGCUCAGCCACGUGGACGUUUUAUUCAGCGACACGUUCGCCUCGGCGGGCCUGGAUCCUGCAGGUCGCUGUCUCCUCUCCAGGCCCAAGUCCCUUGUGGGCGGCGGACCCUCCACCCGCCUCCUCUCCCUGGAGGAGGCUCAGGCUCGGUCCCAGGGUCGGCUGUCCGCACAGGGGGCCAAGGCUCCUCCUUCACCUGAAGACCAGAGGAAGGGCAUCUUUGGGGAGAAGCGCAGGAAACCGGGGGGCAGCAGCUGGAAGACCUUCUUUGCCCUGGGAAGAGGCCCCUCCUCGGUCCGGAAGAAGCCCUUGCCCUGGCGUGCAGCUGGCCAGGGGUCCCAGCCGCCCCCAGGUGGUCCAGUGGAAGCAGCCCCGCUGCGGGCGGCCAAGAGCGAGGAGUCGCUGUCGUCCCAGACCAGCGGAGCCGGCCUGCAGAGGCUCCACCGGCUGCGCCGGCCCCGCUCCAGCAGCGACGCCUUCCCCGUGGCUCCGGGCCCGGCCGGCUCCUGCGACAGCCUCUCUUCCAGCUCGUCAUCGUCCUCCUCCACCAGCACCUCGUCCGUGGGCAGCGGGGAGCUGGUGGGCUCCCCCCCCCACCGGGUUUCGGCCUGGCUGGACGAUGGGGAUGACCUGGACUUUAGCCCCCCACGGUGCCUGGAGGGGCUGAGGGGCCUCGACUUCGAUCCCCUCACCUUCCGCUGCAGCAGCCCCACCCCUGGGGACCCCGCCCCUCCCGCCAGUCCUGCCCCCCCAGCCCCCGCGGGCUCGUUCUUCCAUAAAGCCACCCCCCCCCCUCGCUCUCCCCGGGGCCCAGCCAGCCCCGCCCCGCCCACCGCCCUGGACAUCUCGGAGCCGGUGGCCGUUUCUGUGCCCCCCGCGGUGCUCGAGCUGCUGGGGGGCGGUGCCCCUGCCACGCCUUCCCCUCCGCCUGCCACCCCGGCUCCCCAGCUCAUCCCCCUCCUGCUGCGCAGUGCCGAGAGUGAGCUGAGCGACAGCUGCCAGAGGGAGAUCCGGAGCAAGCUGUCCCUGACCUGCCAGAGAGACCUGCAGGGGUCACUGAGCCCCGGGCCACCUGUGCCCCUGUCUCUCCUCCGGCCCGGAGGGGCCCCUCCUCCACCCCCCAAGAAUCCGGCCCGCUUGAUGGCCCUCGCUUUGGCUGAGCGGGCUCAGAGGGCGGCCCAGCGUCAGCGCCAGCAGGAGCUGGGGGGCACAGUCCCCCCCAUCCCUCGCUCCCCUUUCCGACGUUCCCUGUCCCUGGAAGCCGGUGGGGAAGGCCCAGGGACGGGGGGCUCUGGGCCCCUCUACUCCAUGGGGAGCUCCAGUCCCCAAGCCCUGGGGCCCCCGGCCUCCCUGCAGCGGCAGCAGAGCGACGGCGGCCUUUUGCGCCCCCAUGUCUCUGGCCCCCCACGGAGGGAACGACGAGGUCCUGCCCAGGUGCCCGCCUCCUUCUCUGCUGCUGUGACCUCUCCCAACCCCAAGGAGCGCCCCUCGCCCUUCCCUGGUCCCCCCAAGCCCCCUCUGCACUCCCUCGCUGCUCCUCCCUACAGGCCCAGCCCCCAGCCCCCCAGCCGGAGGACUCCCCGCGGUCCCACGCUGCCCCCCGACAAGGGGGAAAGCCUGUACUAUGAGAUCAGUGGGGCCGAGGGCCCUCCCUAUCCGGGCCUGCCUCGGCCUUGGGCCCCCUUCCACCAGGCCCCCGAGGGACUCACUGCUUCCCCGCCCCAGGGUCCUCCCGAUUUCCUCUUCUGCUACCCUCCCCCCCCUCCUCACCCCUACCCCCCGGCCUUGCAGCCUUUUUCCCAACACGGCCGCCUCUGCUACCACCCCCAAGAAUCCCGGCGACGUCCGGCCCACCUGGAACCCGUCUACGUCAACUUGCCCCUAGGUGGGGGAGGGCCCUCCCCUACCUCCUCCUCUUGUUCUUCCUCCCCUCCCGCCCACCCCCGAAGUCGCUCGGACCCCGGCCCCCCAGCCCCUCGCCUCCCUCACAAGCAGCGCUCACCUUGGGGGCCCCGGCCUCCUCGACCUUGGGGCCCUCCGGAUCCCCUCCUCCUCUACAGGACCCCCACCCAGGCUCCUCGCGGGGUCCCAUAUGGAAAUGUCGGCGAUGGACACGGAGAGGGGGCUGGCCCCCCACCCUCCUACCUCCCGCCCCCAAGCUGGACCCUCCAUGCCAAGGGCCAGACUCACAGCUACUGCUGAGGCUGGAGAUCCCCUCGCCUUUUUGUAAAAUGUUGAAUGGGAAGCUUUGGGGCCCUAGCUGGGUGUGCCUGCUGAUGACCACGGACCCUCCUGCCAUCACUGGCCCUGGGGCCCCCAUCCCCAAUUCGAAUCCAUUUUGUAAUUUUUUCCCUACUCAAGUUUCUAACUUUGUAAACUGGUUCUGAUGUGAUCUCCGAUCUCCUGACCUGUCGUAGUUUUUCUGCCCCCCCCCCCAACACGUCUGGGGUUUCUUGCACUAAUUGGGACAAGAUGAACUUCAUCUCCCCCAAGCCCCAGCGUCCCCCAGCAUGCCCUCCCCCCCCCACGUGCAGCUGCGAAUGUGUGCCCAGGAGGGCUCUGGGGGUGUGCGUGUGCGCGUGUCUGAGAGUCCCGCCCAGCCCCGGCCCCGGCCCAAAAGCAGAUUUUAACAUUAACAAAUAAAAGUGAAAACCAAGA